UCGAAAGGACCCACGAUUUUAUAUGUAUAUCAAAUGUAAAGAUAUUCGAUCACCUUUAAGCUUCCGUAUGCCCUUGGGUAAUCCCUCUCUGCAGACUGACAGAUUUGAUGGCAACCGCUCUUAAGCAGCCUGUUUUACGUCAGGCUCUGGAGUGGACUCCCCUGGCUGAGGGGACCUUUGGGCAGCCGGAGACCGAGGGAGGCGGUAGCGAUGGCGGCUGGACCAAGCGGAGGGCUUGGGCCGGCGUUUGGGCUGAGGUUGCUGUUGGCGACUGUGCUGCAAGCGAUGUCUGCCUUCGGGGCAGAGUUUUCAUCAGAGGCUUGCAGAGAGUUAGGCUUCUCCAGCAACUUGCUCUGCAGCUCCUGUGAUCUUCUUGGACAGUUCAACCUGCUUCAGCUGGAUCCUGACUGUAGAGGAUGCUGUCAGGAAGAAGCACAAUUUGAAAACAAAAAGCUAUAUGCAGGAGCUAUUCUUGAAGUCUGUGGAUGAAAACUGGGGAGGUUCCCACAAGUCCAAGCUUUUGUCAGAAGUGAUAAACCCAAACUAUUCAGAGGACUGCAAAUCAAGUAUGUUCGUGGUUCAGACCCUGUACUAAAGCUUUUGGAUGACAAUGGGAACAUUGCUGAAGAACUAAGCAUCCUCAAAUGGAACACAGACAGUGUCGAGGAAUUUCUGAGUGAAAAGUUGGAACGCAUAUAAAUUUUGAUUAAAUUGUGUCCUAUGCUUUUGUUACCUUAUCAAAUGUUAGAACACCUAGAAAAUAAUUUAGCUUUGCUUCCAUCCUUUGAUCAGUCUUUUACUGUGAGGCAGUAAACAUCUAAUUAAAAGUUGAAGUGGCAGCACAGCACAGGAUAUCUAAGGACUUGGCAAGUUUCACCAAUUCAUGUUUUAUAAAUUUCUAGCCUCCUACAUUUGUUGGUGCCACUAACAGAGUGCUCUGUAAUAGACGUGUGGUUAAUUAUGCAAAUGAUAGUUUGUGAUAAUUGGUCCAGUUUUACAAACUACAGAUUUUUAAAUUAGGGAGGUUAAUAAGGGAGAUGAUUACUACUGUGCCUCAUAUGCUGUGUGCUCUUUGAAAGUAAUGACAGUAAACUACAAAGCAAAUAAGAUAGACCGAGCCUCAACAGGUUGCUUGAUCCUCAGAUUUUCUCAUAUUUUUGUAUUCCCCAGCUUUCCUUUUAAUAGAAUCGCUAUAGUAUAUAAUGAAUGAACUGCAUAAAAACUUUAUGGCUUUGUUAUUGUGAAACAGAUUCAAGAUCUACUGUAAGAAUGAAAUAUUCACAGAUUUGCGUUAAUGAAGACUACACAGAAAACCUUUUUCAGGAUUUGUGUGGAUCUGAUAUUUAGCAAAUUCUUGUGCUUUACAUUCUUACAGAAAAGUCAUUUAAAGAUGAUUAUUUGUAAGACCAAAAUAUAAAUUAAAAGUUUCAAAAAUCUGAA